AUGGCUUUUGAUUUAGAUAUAAUUCAAAUGUGUUUUAAUGGUGAAAAAGUAUUAUCUACAUGGGCAUGUAUACGUGCAUUAAAUACAGGAACAUUUAUUUGUUACAAUCUUACAAAUAAUUUAACAACACUUGCUCGUAGUGCAAUUCGCAUUAUAUAUGAAUUAGGACAUAUACAAAAUCUUAAUUAUUAUUCAUCAACAAAAGAACAAUUUGGAAUUAACUUUACUCAAGCUUUUACACCAAAUCUAAAAAUGUCAUUAGGAAAUAGUAUUAAAUUAAUGAAAAUAAAAAUUGUAUGA